UCCGGAUUCCGGCAGCGGCUUCCGUCGCUCGGCGGAAGUGCGCGCGUGUCGGGGGGUCGCCGGAGGAACACGACGCUGGCAGAAUCCCCCUCGCCGCCGCCGCGGCGUCCACGACCGGAAUCAUGUCGAGUUUGGCGGUGAGAGACCCCGCCAUGGAUCGAUCCCUGCGUUCGGUGUUCGUGGGGAACAUUCCGUACGAGGCAACCGAGGAGCAGCUGAAGGACAUUUUCUCAGAGGUUGGUUCUGUGGUCAGUUUCCGGCUGGUGUACGACCGGGAGACGGGCAAGCCCAAGGGCUAUGGGUUCUGCGAGUACCAGGACCAGGAGACCGCGCUCAGCGCCAUGCGGAACCUCAACGGGCGGGAGUUCAGUGGGCGAGCGCUGCGGGUGGACAACGCCGCCAGCGAGAAGAAUAAGGAGGAGUUAAAGAGCCUGGGGCCCGCGGCGCCCAUUAUUGACUCCCCCUAUGGAGACCCCAUCGAUCCGGAAGACGCCCCGGAAUCGAUCACUAGAGCAGUCGCCAGUCUACCCCCGGAGCAGAUGUUUGAGCUGAUGAAGCAGAUGAAACUGUGUGUCCAAAACAGCCACCAGGAAGCUCGGAACAUGUUGCUUCAGAACCCACAACUGGCGUAUGCGCUGCUGCAGGCCCAAGUCGUGAUGAGAAUCAUGGAUCCUGAGAUUGCGCUGAAAAUUCUGCAUCGCAAGAUACAUGUCACACCACUGAUCCCUGGCAAGUCUCAGGCUGGCUCUGUUCCUGGACCCGGGCCUGGACCUGGGCCUGCAUCUGGACUCUGUCCAGGACCCAGUGUUAUGUUAAACCAGCAGAAUCCUCCAGCCCCUCAGCCUCAGCAUUUGGCGAGAAGAUCUGUGAAGGAUAUCCCGCCUUUGAUGCAGACUCCUAUUCAGGGUGGAAUUCCAGCUCCAGGGCCAAUGCCCACAGCAGUUCCUGGCCCAGGCCCCGGUUCCAUAACUCCUGGAGGAGCAAUGCAGCCCCAAGUUGGAAUGCCGGGGGUGGGCCCAGUGCCUUUAGAGCGAGGACAAGUGCAGAUGUCUGAUCCUAGAGCUCCUAUGCCUCGUGGACCCAUGACUGCUGCUGGCCUGCCUCCUCGAGGACUGUUAGGAGAUGCUCCAAAUGACCCACGUGGAGGGACUUUGCUGUCUGUUACUGGAGAGGUAGAGCCCAGGGGCUAUCUGGGCCCACCCCAUCAAGGUCCCCCCAUGCACCAUGAUAGUCGUGGCCCCUCUUCACAUGAUAUGAGAGGAGGACCAAUGGCAGAUCCCCGAAUGCUAAUUGGAGAGCCGAGAGGACCCAUGAUAGAUCAAAGAGGUCUACCUAUGGAUGGCAGAGGAGGUCGAGAAUCUCGAGGGAUGGAGACUCGAGCCAUGGAGACUGAAGUCUUAGAAACUCGAGUAAUGGAGAGAAGAGGAAUGGACACUUGUGUGAUGGAAGCCAGAGGAAUGGAAGCCCGAGGCAUGGAUGCAAGAGGAUUAGAGAUGCGUGGCCCUGGCCCAAGUUCCAGAGGCCCUAUGACUGGUGGAAUCCAGGGUCCAGGUCCCAUUAACCUUGGGGCAAGUGGGCCUCCAGGACCUAGACAGGUCCCAAGCAUUUCAGGAGUAGGAAAUCCUGGGGGUGGCAUGCAGGGAGCAGGCAUGCAGGGAGGAGCCAUGCAGGGGGCAGGCAUGCAAGGGGGAAUGCAAGGAGGUAUGCAGGGAGCAGGCAUGCAGGGAGGAGGUAUGCAGGGAGCAGGCAUGCAGGGAGGAGGCAUGCAGGGAGCAGGCAUGCAGGGAGGAGGCAUGCAGGGAGCAGGCAUGCAGGGAGGAGGUAUGCAGGGAGCAGGCAUGCAGGGAGCUGGCAUGCAGGGAGGAGGUAUGCAGGGAGCAGGCAUGCAGGGAGCAAGCAAGCAAGGUGGAGGCCAGCCGAACAGUUUUAGUCCUGGGCAGAGCCAGGUAACUCCACAGGAUCAAGAAAAAGCAGCGUUGAUCAUGCAGGUUCUUCAGCUGACUGCAGAUCAGAUUGCCAUGCUGCCUCCCGAGCAAAGGCAGAGUAUCUUGAUCUUAAAGGAACAAAUCCAGAAAUCCACUGGAGCCUCUUGAAAACUUGUAAAAAUACUUUUUUGUAGCCUCAGAGU